UAAUUUGGACACUCUGUAUUAUUUACGCACUAAGAGGCGCCUCCAGUACACACUGGCAGACAUUAACAGGACCUUCGCCAAUAAACCGAGCGACAAAUCUGUCACACCAAAUCAUCAACAAAGAACAUUCUUAGCGCUCCGUCCAUUCAACUCCUUCUCAGCUCUCUUCUUUGUCCCCCACUCCUGACUAAACAAUGGCGAACAACAUGAUUUGGUACGAGUGGGUCGACGACGGCAACAAUUUUAAUGGAGCCGAAUACAGCCAUACCGACCAAGACCAGCAGGACUAUUAUAAAAUUUUGGAAGUGGAUUAUGAUGCUACCGAAGCCGCAAUUAGGUCCAAUUACAUUCGUCUGGCACUGAAAUGGCACCCAGACAAGCAAAAGGGUCUAGAAUGUGCCACUUCUAGGUUUCAAGAGAUAAACGACGCUCACCAAGUUUUGAGUGACCCUGUCAAAAGGAGGGAAUAGGACAGCAAUGGGAUAUUGUACGUCUAUGACCAUGACUGUAAUGUAAUUGACUAUCUAAACCGUUACAGAGGCCUGAUAUUAACAUGCAAUGGCCUUGGGAUGAGGCAUUCAAUUUUGUAAAGCCAAAUACAGUGAGCAAGACGGCUGGACGAUUUGGGGCUAUUCAAGCUGCAAGUCACAAAUUUGCUGUUACUACAAGUAGCAUCGAUGGGAUAAAAUGCAGAACAGUUUGUAGGUAUGAGAGGCUAACAUUAUCAGACAACCUCGUAUAAAAUAGAAUACAUUUUCAUCUUAACAUCAUUGUAUAACAUUGUAGGCUGGCCAUUUUACUUCAUCUAAGCCAAGGGUUUUCUUUGUCAUAUAAACUUAUCACAGUAGGCUUCUUGGCAAGAGGAAGAUAAUCCCACCUUUCAUUUUUUAUCUUGUAGACUGGUAGCUUCCACAGUACUAAAUAAUUGCACGUAAA